AUGGCGGCCGAAUUAGUGUCCGUGGAUGCACGCAACAAGCUCGAGGAUCUGUCGGGAAUCGUUAUCCAGCCUGGCCAGAACCCCUACGAUGUGUUUAUCAAGGCGUGCAACGACUCCCAUGCCGAGAUUCAGGCGCUGUAUGAGACUCAUCGUGUAAAGCGCAACGCCCAACAAAGAGAAAAGUUCCUCUCCGCAGACUUUAAAGAGCUCGUCAUUGACCAGUAUCUCUUGCGCCUGGCGAACCCGGCCAUUCAGCCCGGCUUCAAAGACGAGCGAAACUGUCUCGUCUUUUGGGCCAGACCGCCUGAGCAUGUCAUUCUGCUCGCCGCCGAGGUGCAGCAGAAGCUCAAGCAAACGGCACCAGGCCUUUGGCUCAUGCCUGUCUACAGAAUGCACCUCACGGCCCUGGAGGCUGCCUUCUCCAAGACGCCCGCCGAAAUCGACGCCCUCGCCUCCACCCUCCGUCCCGCCAUCCCCUCCAUCGUGUCGCACACGCACCGUCACCGCUCUCGUCUCGUCAAGCCGUUUUUGUCCUAUGACCUCUCGGCCUUUGCCCUCUCCUUUCUCCCCGCGUCGGGCGAGGCGACCCUCUCGCCGCCGCCGUCCGGCGUGGAUCUUUCCGCGGACGGCAUCACGUCGGGGGACGACUACACGUACCACCACCUGCGCCGGGACGUCUUUGACAUGGUACAGGCCGCGGGCGUCGAGGUCGGCUCGCGGUACCAGGUGCCCAGCGCGCACAUUACCCUGGGCCGCUACCUUGGCGAGGCCGAUCACGAUACGCCGGCGAAGCGCCAGCGGUGGAUCGAGGCCAUUGACGAAGUCAACAGGUGGCUCGAGGAGGAGGUCUGGGACAGGAACGAUGCAGAGUUUACGGGAGAGUGGAUUGUAGGACAGGAACGUGGGCUAGAUGCUCGCAGCGGCACAUUAUGGUAUGGAGGCGGGAGGACCAUUCAGCUCGGAGAAGGCUUCUAG